AGCACCACAAAUCAAAUCAAAUUUAUCACAACAAUGAAGUCAGAAUAUAAAUUACAAAAACAUUCACUGUCCAAAAGUUAAAACACAUUCCCACAACAUUCAAAAGUCUGAAUUUGGUUAGUUGCGUCUAGCUGUGCUCUAUCAAGGUAUAUGGAUCUUAAAAUAGAGCAUCACGUUAGUAGUACACAUACUGCUUCCUAAGACAUGCAUAAAAUGACUGCAUGUCCAUCACCAUCUGAAUUGCAUACAUGCUAUCAUGAUGUAUUUGUCUUUAGGUCCACUGUCUCCAAAAUCUAUUUUGCAAUGUUUAUCGAGAAUGUUACUGAGCUUGCCUUUCAGCCUUUGAUGAUGUUACAAUUGAAGAUCCUGACUUUCCCUGCAUACAAGGUCUGUGAUCUUCUGAGAAGUAUUUUUCUGGAUUGGUCCAAUUUACUUCCUGAUGUUUGUAAUGUUUCAGGCUUGGCAGAAGCUGGUCUCAUCUCCAGCAAGCCAUCAAGACGUGAUACACAGUCAUCUGCAGAUGGAGAACAAAGUCCCCUCUUCUUUUCUCCUGACAGGAGUGGUACACCAUACACGCAACUCAUGAUCGCUGAGAGGUUUAAGUCUUGGUCCAAACUGUCCAAUUGACUACACCAAUAAUCUCGUAGCUCCUCGAGUUGGCUGCAUUGAAAGAAAUGUCAUUUUCAUACAAAUUAGCAAUGUGCAUAAAGACUCACUCUUUCUCCUCCUUGCUUUUUGUACAUUGGUCUAGUGUACUUUGCCUGGGGCCAUUGGCAUGUCAUGCAUCAACAACCUCCUCAAGAGUUUAGCCAAUGAUGGAGGCAAUUGACAUGUUUUGUCUUUGGCAUUUUUUGUGGUACAUUAGACAACUGUGAAGCAGCAUUUUUGUUUGUUUGGUAGC